UUACUUGGUUAUUAUUACUUGCCUGGAACUUCCCAAGCUGGAGAGAGACCCGUUUUUCACUCCAAUUCCGAACGACCAUUUUCAUUUUUCUCCAUUGUUUAUGCACGAGAUCAAACAAUCUUCACUUCCUUCUUCAUCUCUGUCUAUUGGGAUUUUAAAAAAUUCAGCCAUCACUCCAUAUGAUGAUAGAUAUGAGGCGAAACUCUUGAAUUGGUUCUAUAAACAUUGGGAACGAACUCCCUAAUCUUUUGUGGGAGAACUUCGUAAUCUUUUGGUUAGUAUCUUGAGAGUAUAUAUAUGGUACUCACCACUCAUAUUUUUUGGAGGAUGAUACGCAAUUUUUUUUGUUCAUGGUAUGCAUAUUUUUCGUUUAUGGUAGCAAAUUCUAGCCUUGUUAAUUAUGCAUUUGUAUAGCAUUACUUAUGCAUUCUUUUUAGGAAGUUACGAAUGGGUUGUACGGAAAUUUCACUACUGGCUUUGGUAUUUAUUUUGGUCAUAAUCUUGUCUCUUGGUGCAUGUGUUAAGAAACAGCCCACAGUGGCUCGAUCACUCACUGAACCCGAAUAUGGCUGGAGUUAUGGCUCACAAAGCCACAUACUUGGUUUGGAUUUACUUUCUGAAAUUCAUGUUCCUGUGACUCCUCGUGUUCUAUGGUGUGAUAACUGUUCAGCCAUUUCUGGGCUUCUAAUCUUGUCUUUCAUGCUGGAACCAAAACUCUCGAAAUUGACUAUCAUUCUACUAUAGAACAAGUGCUUGCAAACAAAAUUGUUGGUGCUCAUAGUGGCCAACUCAUCAAAUGCCAGUUAUAUAUGGUAUAUAUUGGGAUUCUUUCUCUGCGGUAAUCAUCGAACAUAAUCAAUGGAAAAGUAAACAAUUUCAUCAAUUGUUACUCUAGUUAGAAUUUUGUCAGGCUGAAGUUCACAAAAUCUUGAUUCAUCUUUAUGCAGUGUGGAUCUAUAAAAUAAAUAAAAAAAUAUCUUUGCGUCGUGUGCAUAAAUAUGGAUGUCUCACGGGCAAAAGGAUGUUCUUCCUCUUCCAUAACCAUGCCACCGCAAUGGGUAUACGACGUCUUCAUGAGUUUCAGAGGUGCUGAUACUCGUAAAAACUUUACCAGCCAUCUAUUUGCUGCUUUAGAGGACAACGGUAUUCGCACAUUCAGGGAUGACAAAGAGCUCGAAAGAGGAGAAUUUAUUAGUGAUGGACUACUAAAAGCUAUUGAGGGUUCCAGAAUGUCUUUAAUUGUGUUCUCAAAAGACUAUGCUGGGUCGAGGUGGUGCCUUGAUGAACUUGUGAGGAUCAUGGUUUGCAGGGAGACUUUGAAACACAUUGUUGUGCCCAUCUUUUAUGAUGUUGUUCCAUCUGACGUGCGGAAUCAGACGGGGGAUCUUCAAGAGGCAUUUGCCAAGCAUGAAAAGCGUUUUAGAGAGGGAUCGGAUGGCAAGGUGGAAAAGUGGAGGGCAGCUCUUAAGGAAGCUGCCAAUUUGUCAGGUCGGCACUUGCUCAAUGAGGCCAACGGAGAUGAAGCAGAGUUAAUUAAAAUGAUCAUUAAAGAUGUUAGAGAAAAAGUAAAUCCAAUACAUCUAAAUGUUCCAGACCGCCAAGUUGGACUAGACCAUCGUGUUGCAGAGCUCAAUGUAUUGCUGAACAUGGAAUUCAACUUUGUUCGCAUUGUUGGCAUAUGGGGCAUGGGUGGAAUUGGCAAGACUACAAUUGCAAAAAGGCUGUAUAAUAUCAUCCAACACAAGUUUGAACGUAGCGGUUUUCUUGCGGAUGUCAGAGAAACUUCGCAGCGACCGAAUGGUCUGGUUGAGUUACAAAAGAAACUUCUUUUGGCUAUAUUAAAAAGAAGUCAUGAAGUAAGUAAUUCUCAUGAAGGCAUCGAGGUUAUAAAGAAGAUAGCUUUCGGUCGAAAAAAGGUUCUUCUUGUUCUGGAUGAUGUGGAUAAUGUCCAACAAUUGAAGGCUCUAGCCAUAGAUCGAGAUUCCUUCGCUCCUGGAAGCAGAAUCAUCAUAACAACAAGAGAUAAGUCUUCGCUAAAAAUCCUUGAAUUGGGUGAGAAUGAGAUAUAUGGGCCAGAGAAAUUGGACAAGAACGAAUCGCUUGAGCUCUUCAGUUGGCAUGCCUUCAAGGAAGAUCAUCCUCCAGAAGACCAUUUGAACCUUUCACACCAAAUUGUGCUUUAUGCUGGAGGGCUUCCAUUAGCUCUUGAAGUUUUGGGUUCUUAUUUCAGAGGCGAGAGCAUACCUCAAUGGGAAAGUGCAAUAGCAAAAUUAAGAAAAAUUCCUGCUGAUGAUGUUCUUGGAAAACUUAAGAUAAGUUAUGAUUCACUUAGCGAGCAAUUGAAGAAGUUGUUCCUCGAUACGGCAUGUUUUUUUGUUGGAAUAGGUCGAGAUUUUACUGUAAAAAUAUUGGAAGGCUACGAUAUUUUUGUAGACAAUGAGAUUCGAAAACUAGCCGACCGGUGUCUCAUAAAAUACGACUGUCAUGACCAAAUUGUGAUGCACGAUAUGAUACGAGACAUGGGCAGAGAAAUCGUCAGGCAAGAAUCUCUUGAUCUUGGGAAGCGUAGCCGAUUGUGGUAUCUUGAUGAUGUCCUUGAAGUUCUGAGAGAUGGCACGGGAACUGAAGCAGUAAAUGGCCUCCUCCUAAACGCUACAGAUGUCCAAGUGAAUGCAAAGCCAUUUGAAAAGAUGGACAAAUUGUGGUACUGUGAGCAUGUCCUUGAGGUUUGGAGAGAUGGCAUGGGAACUGAAGUUGUUGAAGGCCGCCUUCUAAACUUUAUUGAUCCAAUAGAUGUCCAAGUGAAUGCUAAGGCAUUUGAAAGGAUGAACAACUUGUGGCUGCUUCAUCUCGAUUAUGUUCUCCUAACUACUGGUUAUGAACACAUUUCUAGAAGGCUAUUAUGGCUAAGCUGGAAAGGCUUCCCUUUGAAAUGUGUACCAUGGAAUUUUUCUAUGGAGAAGCUAGUUGCGCUUGAUUUGCGUUAUAGCAGCUUGAAACAAGUUUGGAAUAGAAACAUGAUUCUGGGCAAGCUGAAGUUCCUUUACCUCAGUCACUGCCAUUACCUAACCAGAACCCCUGACUUCUCUGGACUCUCCUCUCUUGAGGAGUUGUUGCUUAAUGAUUGCAAAAGUUUGGUGGAGGUUGACGAGUCUAUUAGAUGUCUGAACAAUCUUGUUGUCUUGGAUAUGAAAAACUGUACAAAACUUCAGAAGCUUCCCUCUGGCAUUUUGAUGUUGAAAUCUCUCAAACGUCUUGAUCUCUCUGGCUGCUCCAAGCUUGGAAACUUAGCUGUGUUUAAAGGACCGCUAUAUAAAUUAUGGUGCUCAUUCUUCUUGCCUUGGAUGCCACCAAAGGCUGUGGAUUCUAUUGGGUUGUCACGCACCCUUGUCCAGGCCUCUAGUUGCUUAAAGGAAUUAAAUCUGGAUGGCUGCCAUUUGUCAUAUCUACCGGAGGAAAUAGGGAAUCUUAUCUCAUUGCAGACUCUGGCUCUUGCCGAAAACAAUUUGAGUACCUUGCCAGAUGGUAUCUGUAACCUUACUUGCUUGAAGCGUUUGCAUUUGGAAGAAAACAAUGUGUCAAAUCUGCCUAGUGGAAUCGGGAGGUUGACCUCGUUAGAGAGUUUGUUUCUUUCCAGAAACAGUUUAUGUACCCUACCGGAUACCAUUGGUAAGCUGUCUUGCUUGAAGGAUUUGUUUGUGGGAAAUAACAAGCUCUCGCAUCUUCCUAGUGAAAUUGGGGAUUUGAACUCUUUGGAGGAGUUGGUACUUGAGGGUAAUAAUGGUUUCCGUGCCUUACCGGAAAGUAUAUGCAAACUUGUUUGCUUGCGGACAAUGAAUUUGUAUGACUGCAACUUGUCUCAUCUGCCUAGUGAAAUUGAUAGGUUGGUCUCAUUAGAGGAUUUGAGACUUGGAGGUAACAGAUCAGUUACCAUACCAGAUAGUAUCUGGCACCUUCCUUGCUUGAAGUACAUCUGGUUGAAUAAUUGUGCAAAGCUCCGAUCGCUUCCAAAGCUUCCAAGAUGUCGUUUUGUGUUUGCAGAGCGUUGCCCAUCAUUAGAAAGCCUACCACUUGAAUUGGAUCAGCUUGGGGGAUUAGGGGGGUUUGGGAACUAUUCGGGACCCAAUAAAUUAGCUGAGAACAAUUAUUUAACUAGUCUCUUAAAACAACUCCCCAAGAGUAAGGGGCUCUUUGAACUUGAGGAGGUUGUUGAUAUUCUUGUUCCAGCAGGGGAGGAGGAGCUUCGUAUUUGGUUCCCGUACCAUGAUGGUAGAGGGCCAAAUGUAUCUUUUAUGGUGCCGCCUUCUCCUUCAGUGAACCAGAAAAUGUUGGGUUGGAUUCUACGCUUCGUAGUCUGGGCUCCCCAAGAAACAUCUGACCAAGACCAAUCGGUAAUACAAUCGCUAGUGUUUGAAGAUGUGAUCUGCAAUAAAAUCCGACGUUGGAGUGGAAGAUUCCAUGCUGUAGUCAAUCCCACCGAUGUAGAUCAUGUGUGGCUUAUUUAUAUACCACAGGGUUGCAUGGAAUUGCAAUUAGAAGGCGGAGAUGAAGUGGAGAUCCAAAUGUAUCAAACUGGCGCUGAUGGAAGGCAGAUCCCAAUAGAUGUAACUCAUCCCAACACGUUUGUAAAGAUGUGGGCGAUUGAUCUGAUUUACGAGGAGGCUGAUGAGAUUCACAAAGGCAACGACACCUGGUGUCAAGUGGUGUCAAUUUAGUUGUAACAAUAUUCAACUUUUCAAAAAGAAAAAUACUUGUACUAAUUGUUAAUUUAUGUUUUCCUAGGGUUUCAUUAUCACUUUAUCCCAAGUUCUAAA